GGCUACGGCGUUGCAUGGGUAUAGGCCCUGCUAUUGGUACCAACAGAUUCGAUGGAAGCCCAUGUUCGGGGAGGGGCCUUGGAUCACGACGAUACUCAACUACGACGGGGGAGACAAGCUAAGACUGAGAAUCAACAUGGAGGGAGGAAAAGAGGUGGAGAUGCGGACUGAUGGGAAACUACAGGACGCGAUCACAAAGGCAAAGGACCGUGCUAAGAGGCGCUGCAGGAGGGAUGGCGUAACGGCAAAAAUGCAGGUAACGAUCUCGUAUCAUGAGACCGAGAACUCAAUGGAUACGGCGGACAGGGAGCAGGCCCAUCUGGACCGUGACUCAGGUGGGGAGAGCGAAAUGAGCGAAGCGGGAGAUCGAGAGACGGACCUCAGGUCCUGGAAUAGACCAGGCGAGGUCCAGAGGUACCACCGGGCCGCGAAGCCAGUGGAAGAGGGACCCGAGGCCAUCUCUCGACAACCGACGCCCAGAGGUCGUGGGACGGGUGAGAAGGAGAGCAAGGGAAAAAGACAGGGGUAGGUUGGAGAGAGACAGCGGGGUCGAGAAGAGGUGAUUGGAGAGGUCAACGCGUGUGAGAGGGAGAGAGGCGGUUGAUGUCAAAACCAGUGGGUUGUGCACGAGCACAGCACGUGAGCCUACCGCAUUCGUCAGAAAGGUCUCAAGCAGGCCUUGCUCAGCAGUACUCAGACAAACAUACUAACAAAGUUUAACUAGACAA